AUGAAAACUCGCAAACAGCAAGCGUUCGUUGCCGGCAGCAAAAACUGUCAAGUCAUCCGGAUUGUAACAACGUCCGUCGUCCACGAUGCAAUCAAACUUCUGCAGAUAUUGGACUUUCGAGUGCUGAAAAUCCUACCGAGCGACUUGGACGAAGUCGAAGACAUCAAACAGGUCGGCAACGAGUACUAUUUUAAAAAGGACGUAGAAGUGAUUGAUGACUCCGAGAACGAAGUUGUGCCCGUUGCGAAAAACGAGCCCAGAAACGACACCGCACAGUUUACGGAAACACUUGACAUUGUGGUUCUUCCGCCGCCCACCAGAGACGUCGAUGUCUACGAGAGCAGCUUCGACAGGGUGGACGAUAGUGGCGGUGAAAGUGAUAAAAGCACCAUCAAUUUGUUCGGAUUGAUUGCCCCAACCGUGGGCUCAGGUUUACAAAGCAGUACUAGUCAAAAGCGAGAAUCUACAGCUGAAAGCAUGGCAACCCACGAGAGUUUCUACUCAACACAAAUAACUUUAACUGACACCGGGAAAGUGAAUGUUACUCGACAGAGUGACCAUUCCACCUUGGGGACGCUGCCACCCACAUCAGGCAAUGGUUCGAGCGGUCAGGAAAGCUUAGAGAAAUAUCCGGAUGUGGAGUCAAAUGAAAUUGAUAAGGAUGCCAAUAAGCCGAUCAGAAACAGUACCGAGGAUGAUUUUAGUUUUAACAAUAAGACAUUCAGGAAAAUGCAGGAGACUGUGUUGGAGGAAAUGAGUGAUAAAAAAUACGGAGGAAGGGAAGGCUACCCGGUAACUUAUGACUACGAUGACGAGGACGAUUUAGAGGAGGACGAUAACGAGGAUGACUAUGAGGAAACGGAGAAAAUAGGCCAUAAGAAAUAUAUCAGUAUUCAACGAACGCUUUUAAAGCACCCAUUGCGCCAGGGCUUCCUUAUGACACCCGGGUAUCCGAAGUACUACAUUGGAGACAGCGUCUGCCGGUGGACACUGUACGCCCAGCGACUGCAGAAAAUUAAAUUAACUAUUUUAGAUUUAGCAUUGCGGUUUGAUGAACCGUGUAGAGACUACGUUGAGAUUAGGGAUCUGGCUACUAAUCAGACCCUGUUUAGCAGCUGCUCCGAAAGCACGCGGCCGAUCGAAGUGAUCAGUCUGCAGGAACGUGUUGAGGUGAACGUUCGAACGGCAACGAAAGUCGCUUAUCCAAAGCGGGGCGUGCUAAUACAUUACUCAGCACUCGGCUGCGAACUACCGUCGCCGACACCGCCGCAUAUGACGCUGGUCCGUCGAAGCGAGCGCCGCGUAAAGUACGUCUGUGAUCCUCUGUACGUAUUUCCCGACACUGCUGUGCCCAGUCGCGAGUUGGUCUGCACCAGUAAGCACACGUGGAACCGGCCGUUGCCAGCCUGCGUAGAAAAACGCUCCACCGAAGGCAGUGGACUAGUAUCUCACUACGAGCAGAAUCGAAAAUAUAGUGAUUCCGAAAACAUGUCUGACAAGCAGGCAGAUACUGUUUUUGACAUUCUGAUUCCGUCGUUGGUAAUCGCUGCCCUAUUUAUUGUUAACGGCAUCGUAUUCGCAGUCAUUAUGCGCUACAGGAACAAAAGAAAACGCCUUGAACUAGACAGUAAGGAAUUAGCUGAACUGUAAAGUCCCAUUUUCCCGUAACCAAAAUACAAAGGAGUAAAUAAUGCGAAAGCAUGACAAAAUACUCAACAAUGGUAAUGCAUGUACAAGAACAUUGAAGUCAUUAACAAACAAGAAAAGAAAACCAUUAUUGCCGCUCACUGGAAAGCUUAACCUUGAUAGUGAAAGGCAAUCAUCGCCAUCAGUAGCAUCGUAGUUCCAUGCUAGAAAAUGUUUAGAAUGCAGCAGUAAAAGUGCAUGGUUAUCUCCUUAUCUACAUGUACAUUUUCCUUGCGUCCACAAAUGAUGCUGCCAGCCAAACGCAACCAAAAAGACAUGCCUAUUUUCCAACGACACAGCUACUCUCAUGUCCUCUUUCGCAAAUGGAACCGCACACAAGUAAAAUACCAUAUCAUCAACUUAUAGUCACUAUCACGGUCACCGAAGCAGCUUCAUAGACAAAGCAACCCAAACAUUAUCAUCGCUUAGGUAAGUCUUUACAGUUCAAUUAUUGCAUCUCCAACAAAGAGGAAUUUAAAUACGAAAUGCCAUCAGUUAUAGUGUGCAAACCAGAUAUUUUGUCGCUCUGAUAAAAAAAAUCAUUAAAUUGUAGUGAAUAGCUUGAAUCCAAAGUAAAUUAUUAGUAUCUCUAUACACUCACAUGCCAAUAUGGUAACUAUUUUGCACGCUGGAAAAUUACUGUAUACAAAUCUCACAACAUGCAAACCAAGUAAGCGAAAAACGAAAAUAUAUUUAUAUCAGAAUUUUGAUAACUUAUUUCCCCAAUAUCUUUGACAGCAUGCUUUUCACACUGUACUAAAACCAUAAAUUAAAAUAAACAAUUUUUAGAUCAGAGAUAAAUAUUUUCUAAAUUUAUACAAACGAAAAAAUAAGCAUUUACGAAAGUUCGAAGUAAACAAUUUGCGAAUUAAACACAUUCAUUUACAACAAUUUAGCUGAUUAAAUGUUGUAAAAUUAGAAUAUUUUUUUAAUUUGUUUUGUAAAACAAAAAAAAAAUGUUGGGCAUGGUAAACACGCUAGAACAAAACAGGACAAAAGCAAGCCAAAGAUUAGAUGUUAUCGUAUAUAUGCCUACCGACAGCUUUGGAGAAAAUGCAAUUUAAUAUUGGAAACUAUAAAAAGAGAAUGCAACAUGUGCUUUAUUCGCUAUUAUUUAGAAUAACACUUUUGAACUGAGAACACCGAAAAUUGACAUUGAAUUGACGGGAUUGAUAGGUAGGGAGGUCGUGGCCCUACGAUUUGUGAUUUGCGAAAUGAUGCAAAAGUGUGAUCAGUUUAUGAAGCUUAGUAGGCCUGUGCGAGCCGGAUCAAAUACACAAAUUAAAAUUGUAGAGGGAACCCUGAGUGUUGGAACAUUCACGUCUAGUUUCAUUCGGAAACACAGGCUAUUGUAUUAUUUCCGGCUUAUGUCUAUGUUCAAAAUUUGGCGUCUGAAAUAUGAACAAAAUGAAACGGUUGUUUUCUUAAUUUUUAAGGAAAUAAUAUUAUUGUACUUCCAAGCCGAAAUAAAAAGAGGUAAAAAUAUA